AUGGCAGAUAAAAUUCGGAUAAAUAGUAAGUUUAAUCUUGAAGACAAUUAUGAAAUGUCUGACUCAGAAAAUGAAUAUACAGAGAAAGAGAAAGAUUUACUUAGUACACUUCAAAAGCAACAAGACGAUAAUACAAGUAGUGAGGAAGAGGUCUAUGGGUUUUCCGAAUCAGAUGAUGAAUCUGAUAAAAAUGAUUUGGGAAUGGCAGAUAGUGAUGUGGAAGGUCAAGAAAAGUCAGAUGAUGAUUUACCUGAUCCCAAAGCCUGGGGCAAGGAUAAGAGAUCUUACUACUCAACUGAUUAUGUUGAUAAAGAUUAUGGUGGAUUUGGAGACGAUGAAGAAGCUGCUCUUAUGGAAGAAGAAGAAGCUAAGAAUAUUCAGAAAAGGCUUUUGGAGCAGUUAGAUGAGGAUGAUUUUAAAUUGGAUUUUGUCAUUCCAUUAGUGCAGACUGGUGGUGAUAAUAAGGAAACAUUGAUCAAAAGUGACUUAAGUCAAAUGUCAAAAAGAGAAAAGUUACAAUUCCUGGAAAAAGACAGCCCAGAGUUUGCAGGGCUUAUUGAAGACUUCAAAUCUAAACUGACAGUGGCUAAAGAUAACUUACAGCCAGUUUUGAAACUUGUUAAAGGUGGGAAAUUACCAGAAUGCCCUGCAUCUAAGUUCAUUAAAACUAACUACAAUCUUAUCUUAAAUUACUGUACAAAUAUAAGUUUUUAUCUUUUGUUGAAAAGCCAAAGAAUAAGUAUACAAAAUCAUCCAGUCACGAAAAGACUAUACCAGUAUAGGCAAAUGUUAAAUAAAAUGGAGCCAAUAUAUUUACAAGUUAUCAAGCCCCAAAUCCAAGAAAUAAUAAGUGCUGUUGAAAACGAUGUAGAAUUGAGAAUUUUGAAUGAAAGAAGUAUAAAACGAAAGGCAAGCAAAGCUUCAUCUGAGCAGCCACAUAAGAAAUUGAAAAUGAUUAAUGCACUUGAGAAAGAUGAUGGUGAGGAUACUGGUGUCUCUGAUGAUGAUUAUGAAGGUAAUGAUUACUUUAGGACUGAUGAAAAUGUCAAUGAUAAAACAAAUGAAUCUGAUGAAAGUGGAUUCUCCGAUAAUGAUGAAGUAGAGGUUGAACACGAACCCUCAACCUCUAAUGAAGUCCUUCCAAUUGAUGAAGUAGGUGAGAAGCGUCAUAUCACCUAUCAAAUUGCUAAAAACAAAGGGCUCACACCUCACAGAAAGAAGGAACAAAGAAAUCCUAGAGUCAAACAUAAGCUGAAGUACAGAAAAGCAAAGAUAAGGAGGAAGGGUGCUGUUCGUGAGGCAAGAACUGAAGUGACAAGGUACGCAGGAGAAGCUUCAGGUAUUAAAACAAAUGUCAAAAAGAGCAUUAAACUGAAGUAG